GCGAUUUCGACUACCCAACUUGUUCCCGACCCAUAAUAUUUGCCUUUUGCGGAAAAAAGCGAUUUCUUUUUGCAAAGAGAAAGAUCGUCUUGCUGCUCGUCGUGCCGCGAUUCUUGAUUUCACCGUAGUGGUGUAGUAUCUCUUUUUUCAUUUGCACUCCCCCUAAGUGGCAGCACAAAUUCAAAUCCUACAACCCCGGCCCCGCUUCUAAAGAACAUAACCAUGUUGAUGCGAAAAAUGUCACGCCAAGUGCGAGCGGUGCGCAGCAAGGUGCUAAACCUAAACGGGUUGUGUGAAGGCACCAAGAACACCUCGUCAUGGGUGGCACCGGCGCCUUCGACGGAGGCACCUCUAGUAUCGCCGUCUUCAUCUUCUAGCGGGAACGGGAUGUUCAUGAGCAGGAGAAGUGCUACUACUAGUACUAGUAGCCCCUCCUUCGCAAGGAGCUUCGGUAGCUUGUCCCGCGGCGGCACCACAUCAAGCAGCUCUUCAGGCACGAGAAGGCUCUUCUUGCUCGACGGGGCGAAUAGCUCUUCAAGAGGUGCGCUCAGCAAUUGUUCGAUGGGAAGGAUAUUGACGCGACGGGAAAAUGACAAACUGUCUUGUAUUCAUCCGUCAGGGGCGGGGACCAUAUCAAGAUCGUGUCUCCUCGGAGGUCCGUCUCGCGCCUUCUGGAGUUCUUCUUCCAGCGCUUUGGCCCCCAAUACGACGGGGGCGAGUCUCCAGGCGUCAUCGUCAUCCGCUGCGCAAACGGCCAGCAGCUAUGCGGGACCUGAGAGUCACAGUGUUGAAGUUGCAUCAAGCGCGAGUACGAGAAAUGCAAUAAGUUCUGUAUGUGACGCAUCAUCCACCACCGACCAAGUGGAGGGCUCUUCCGCCUUCCGCAGCGGGAACGACGGCGGAACUUCUGGAACAAAGCUUGGGCCAGCCUCGCCAAGCACCGACUUCGGAGCUGCAGCUACAAGUGGGACGAAUACAACAAGAGCCUCAAACUCUGUUUCAACAUCCGCAGGGCAACAUUCACAAGUAGCGGCUUCAGACGACUUGGUAGCUUCCAGAGCCUCCCAAAUAACGCCAAGAACUAGUCCGUCAUCAUCUCAACAUUCGCUAACCAACGCUUUGGACAGCUUGGAGAGCCACUACCGGCAGUCCGUGACCAAGAAUGGGAUGCGCGUCGCCUCCCUGAACGCGAUUUCGGACACCUCCGUGACCGUGGGUGUGUGGAUCGACGCGGGGUCGAGGUACGAGACUAAGGAGUCCAACGGCUCCGCGCACUUCCUCGAGCACAUGACCUUCAAGGGCACCGCGAAGCGGACGCGACACCAGCUCGAGACGGAGAUCGAAAACAUGGGCGGCCACCUGAACGCGUACACCAGCCGGGAACAAACCGUGUACUACGCCAAGGUCUUUCCCUACGACCUGGACCACGCGCUGGACAUUCUGAGUGACAUUUAUCCACAGAAAAAAACCCAUCCACAUCCAAUUUGUCAUGCAAAACGUGCUGAAAGUCCUGUGCUUGUCAUGCAAAAAAUGGAUGGGGAUGGGUUUUUUUCUUUGGAUAACAUUCUGGGCAAGUCGGCCAUCCACCCGCGGUCGGUGGAGGACGAAAGGUCGGUGAUAACGAGAGAGAUGGAGGAAGUCGAGAAAAGUAUCGAGGAAGUCAUCUUUGACAGGCUGCACUUGGCCGCAUUCAAGGACCACAUGCUGGGGUAUGAUGUAAACUUAUGCUAAAUGGAUUUGGAUUGUAAGUGAAGCUACUGAUGACAUUUAAACUUGAUUUGCUCGACGUUCUGUUUUUGCUGGCGCCUGUCGUGAUUGAUAGAUUCGCGCUUUUACAUGAGAGAAGAUUUUUCGGAGUUUUCGCUCGUGUUUUAGCAUAAGGCCGUGCAAUGUAUAUUGAUUGAUAGAUUGUUUUGACGAGGCCAUCAGGAUGCAAUUGGAAUUGCAGUCAUCUGACUCUGAAUUUAUUUACAUAAAUGAUUGGGCUGCCUGCAACAAGUAGAAGGCUCCGAGUGUUAUAUGAGUGACAAUUUUAUUUCGGAACAAGAAACACCCAUAUAACCACAUCUUCAACAAACCUACAGCGCCACGAUUCUCGGGCCCGUGGAGAACAUUCACCACCUGCAGCAGAAACACCUGCGAAAUUACGUGGACACCAACUACACCACCGACCGGAUGGUGGUUGUCGCCUGCGGUGCGGUCGAUCACGACGAUCUUGUCGCGAACGUGGAAAGAUAUUUCGACGGCUUCCGCACCCAUCCGACCGGGUUCACGCCCUACACCCGACCGCAUUGGAUGCUGGAGGAAGGAGAAGCGUCUUCGUCACCUAGUAAUAUGACGCCUUCAUCCCGCAGUAACGGGGCGGUGGUGAAUCAUGACGAGCAAGUAGAUGCUGGACAACAUGCGGCAGCGGGGGCGGCCAGUAGCAACUCUACUACUUCUAUUGGCGCAGGAGCUUCUGCUCCGAAAAUUGAAAAUCCUCAAUUUUGUGGUGCCGAGCUCCGGUAUGCGACGCCAGUCGGGGAGAAAACCUCUCUCAGCUCCCACGGCGCCGAGCCGCAGCCGCACCAGCUAGCCCACUUCGCGAUCGCGUUCGAAGGUGUGCGCUGGACCUCGCCCGACGCCGUGCAUUUCAUGGUCCUGCAGUCCCUGCUCGGGGUCUUCAAGCGGGACGAGUCCCAGAAGCUGCUGCCCGGGGUGUUUUCUGCAAAUCCGCUGAUACGAAGCCUGACCGCGAGACUGGAGCAGCAGCUGCUGCACAAACUCUUCAGCGACGAAUAUGGCGUUCUCAAAUGUUACAUUCUGAACUGUUACAUGAAUUUGUCAUGCAAAAUGACCAUGACCCGCCAGACGAUGAAGCUGCUGCGCAUGACAAAUUCUCGGAGGGCUAAGCAGCACUAUAAUCCGCACGAAACCUGUAAUGCAAGACGCGCAAGGUUCUCCCUCUCACCUGUGCUGGUCUUGCAUUACAAAUUCAUGUAACAGUUGAGAAUGUAACAGUUGAGAACGCCAUAACGAAAACGGCGAGGAGAUGCUGAUCGCGAAGCCAGACUAUGUUAUACCGCCAGCGGCGGACAGUACCGCGCAGCAAGAAGAAGGUGGCUCUGGCUCGAGUAGUGGCGAUUCUGUGGCUGGUUCAUCAUCUUCAUCUAGUAGCGCGGCGGCGGUGGACCACGAGCAGGUUGCAGAUGCUUCACAAACUGCCGGCACAGAUGAAAUAUUCAACGAGCCGCCAUACCACGAGAAGUUCGAAGGGAUGAAGGUCAGCGACGCGCUGGAAAAAAUGUCCGACCCCGAAAUCGCACAAUUGCAACACGACCGCUACGCGAAGCUCUUGCAGGAGGACCCCACCUUUCAGCCAGCGUUCUGCGAGCAAUACAGUGCCUUCAACACGUGCUACCGGGUACUACUAUAAAUAAUAGCUGUUUAUAACAAGCACACCAAGAUGAACUAGAAGCGGUGGCUUCAUCAUUCUCGUUGUAGGCUGUUUUUUGCCGCUGAUUUUAUGUUGUUUGAGUAUAGAGCUGUUGCAGUUUUAGAGUUUCUUCAUAUCAUUACAAGUUGUAUCGUUUCGAAAUUUCAAAAUCAAUCCACAGGACACCGGUCUUUUUGGCGUCCACGCGGCGUGUAGCCCGGACGCGGUGCGCACCGUGGUCGAGGAGAUCAUGUUUGGCAUCAACCGCCUGUCGCACUUCGAGCAAGUCCCUACGGCCGAGCAGGAGCUCGCGAAGGCGAAACGAGAAUUGAAAACCAUCCUCUUCGCGGCACAGGAUAACACGACCAACAUCGCGGAAGAAAUCGGCCGCCACCUGCUCGUCUACGGACGAUAUGCAUCGCAAAAGUAUUAAUAUGUCGCAGUGUGCAUUGCAAACGCGAUCGGGAUCGCAUUCUACAAAGCUUCUUGCAAUUUGAUGGAUGAAAGAUCGAAAUUGUAUAUCCAGCUGGAGCGAGUACUUCUACUUCCAGUCCACUUUUUAUGUACCAGUACCUCUUUCAGCUGCACUUGCAUUUUUAGCGGCACAACUGUCAUGCCAUGUUGGUACCCUACAACUCGAUUCAAUCCUCAACACAAGUGCGACAUGGUUUAGUACUUUUGCAGAGGAUAGAGGAAGAAUACCGCCCCAGGAGAUGGACGAACGAUUGUCAGCGAUCAGUGUGGCGGACAUUGAGCGUGUCGCAAAGACGUACUUGAAGGGGAAGGAAAUCGCGGUGACAGCCUUGGGGCCCAUCGAGGAAAUGCCCACGCUGGAGGAGAUCAAGCACCUGAACCAGAUGGACGGGAAUUCCAACAAUUUUCAGGGGAUGGUCAGCGCGAGUACAUGAACUACUUCUCCGGCCUGACUCUGAUCCUGAAGAAAUGCAUUCCGUCCUGUCUUGUGAAGCAGGAUGAGUAAAUUCAUUUGAAGAUUCAUUGCUUUGUAAUAAAGAGUGCCGCUAUUUUACUUUCUGUGUAGGAUGGUCGUGAUUGACCACUUCUAUCCCUUCGGUUCUUCGUAGUUCUUGGCGACUUCUUCGAAAAUGAGCAAAGGCGAGCGCUUCUGCCGUUUAGAGGAAUAAAGGAUACACGAUACACCAACAUUCUCUCCCAAGUGCCAACAAUAAGGCACGCGUGGGUAGGUGGCCAGGGUAUUUGAAAUGAAACAUCAAGAGGGGAACAAUUGAAAACAGCGACUACGACAUACUAUGAGUUACAACAAGGUCGAAAACGAAACAGCACCAACGUGGUGAACAGGAGGAAAUAAAGAUUAUACGCAAAAACCAACGGCCUAGAU